GGGUGGGGGGCGGUUAACGGUUGGUUUCCCCACCGGGGGCGGGAGGCGAAGAGCGGGCCGGAGCGGCGAAAACUUUUCCUUCCGAUCUCGGCGGGGCGACGAGGGCAGGAAAUCCGGGAUCGACCUCCCCACCAACCCUCCCCUUUCUGCUUUCUUCUCCUCCUCCUCCCUGCCUUUUUCCGUCUCCCUUCCCCCGCCGCCCCGCUCUCGGGGGCAGAAGUUUGCUGCGGGGGCCGCUGUUUGGUUCCGGUAGUUGGGGGGAAAGGGGAGAAGGCGGCGGCGGCGGUUCCCGGGACUCCGGUUCUGCGGCGUCCGGAAUUCGCCCCUCUCCGGCCGGGGGAGGAGCGGAGCCUCCCGUUGGAAGAUGAAAUUGAGCCGCCAGUUCACCGUGUUCGGCAGCGCGAUUUUCUGCGUCGUGAUCUUUUCCCUCUACCUGAUGUUGGACCGAGGCCACUUCGACCAUCCCAAGAGCCCCCGGCGGGAGGGCACUUUUCCCAAGGGUCAGCUUUCAAUAUUGCAAGAGAAAAUAGACCAUUUGGAGCGCUUACUGGCUGAAAAUAAUGAGAUUAUCUCAAACAUUAGAGACUCUGUCAUCAAUCUGAGUGAAUCCGUGAAGGAUGGUCAAAAAACCCCAGAAGCUAAUAACUUCAGUCAAGGAUCCUUCUCUGAGCUUCUGCCAUCUGCUCCAGUCUCUCUCCCAGUUGAUCCCAAGGAUUGUUUAUUUGCAUCAAAAAGUGGAAGUCAGGAUUCCGAUGUGCAGAUGUUGGAUGUCUACAGCCUUCUUCCAUUUGACAAUCCAGAUGGAGGAGUUUGGAAACAAGGAUUUGAUAUUACAUAUGAUGAAAAUGAAUGGGAUAGUGAACCACUUCAAGUGUUCGUCGUACCUCAUUCACAUAAUGACCCAGGUUGGUUGAAGACUUUUGAUGACUACUUUAGAGACCAGACUCAACAUAUUCUCAAUAACAUGGUGAUAAAGCUGCAAGAAGACAACAGAAGGAAAUUCAUGUGGUCUGAAAUUUCUUACUUUUCAAAAUGGUGGGAUGGAAUAGAUAUUCAGAAAAAGGAUGCUGUUAAAAGGCUAAUAGAAACCGGACAACUUGAAAUAGUGACAGGUGGCUGGGUCAUGCCUGAUGAAGCUUCUCCACAUUAUUAUGCUUUAAUUGACCAACUUAUUGAAGGACAUCAGUGGCUAGAAAAGAAUUUAGGAGUGAAACCUCGAUCUGGUUGGGCUAUUGAUCCUUUUGGACAUUCGCCGACAAUGGCUUAUCUUUUGAAACGCUCAGGAUUUUCCAGCAUGCUUAUUCAGAGAGUUCAUUACUCAGUUAAAAAAUACUUUGCUACCCAAAAGACCCUGGAAUUUUUUUGGAGACAGAAUUGGGAUUUGGGAUCUAGCACAGAUAUCCUUUGCCAUAUGAUGCCCUUCUACAGCUAUGACGUCCCUCACACUUGUGGACCCGAUCCCAAAAUAUGCUGCCAGUUUGAUUUCAAACGACUUCCCGGAGGCAGAGUCAGUUGUCCCUGGAGAGUUCCUCCCGAAGCAAUUCACCCUGAAAAUAUCAAACACAGGGCCUGGAUGAUUUUAGAUCAAUACAGAAAGAAGUCAAAGCUUUUUCGUACAAAGGUGCUCUUGGCCCCACUAGGAGACGAUUUCCGUUACAGUGAGAGCUCAGAAUGGGAUCAGCAGUACCAGAAUUACCAGAAGCUUUUUGAUUAUUUGAACGCACAUCCUGAACUCCACAUUAAGAUACGCUUUGGAACAUUAUCAGAUUAUUUUGAUGCCUUGAGUAAAACAGUAACUUUGGAUGAAAACAAUAAAUCAGCAUUUCCGGUAUUAAGUGGGGAUUUCUUCACUUAUGCUGACAGAGAUGAUCAUUACUGGAGUGGAUAUUUUACAUCGAGACCUUUCUACAAACGAAUGGAUAGGAUUUUGGAGUCCUAUUUAAGGGCUGCUGAGAUUAUUUAUUCUUUGGCAUUAAUACAGUCCCAAAAGUACAAAAUGAACGUAUUUCCUUCAUCAGCACAUUAUAAAUUAUUGACAGAGGCCAGAAGAAAUCUUGGACUAUUUCAACAUCAUGAUGCAAUCACAGGAACAUCUAAAGACUGGGUGGUUGUGGAUUAUGGCACUAGACUUCUUCAUUCAUUAAUGAAUUUGAAGAGGGUAAUCAGAGAGUCUGCUCAUAUUCUCAUUCUGAAGGACAAAGAGACCUAUUCCUAUAAUCCCUCAACUGAAUUCCUGAAAAUGGAGGAUGAUCAACUUUCACAGGAUUCUCUGCCUCACAAGACUGUUAUAAAACUGAGUAAUGAACCAAGGUAUCUUGUGAUCUACAAUCCUUCAGAGCAAGAGCGUUUUUCAGUGGUUUCCAUCCAUGUCAGUUCACCAAAGGUUAAAAUACUAUCUGCUUCAGGAAAACCUGUUGUGGUUCAAAUUAGUGCCGUGUGGGAUGGGACUACUUCAGUUUCCCAUGAAGCAUAUCAGAUUUCCUUCUUAGCCCAUCUACCACCCUUGGGACUAGGAGUAUAUCAACUUUUGGAAUUACUUAGUUCAGAAUCACACCUGGCUGAUUAUAGCAUAUAUUUGAGUGAAAAGAGUUCUGCGAAAGUCACUCCUGACAGAAUCUUCAAGAUAAAGGAGAUGCAAAAUGCAAUGGAUGAUAUAACUUUGGAAAAUUCCUAUAUUAAACUCUGGUUUUCUGGAUUAUCUGGAUUUAUGGAGAAAAUGUAUACAAAGGAAGGUGGGAAGAAUCAUCAUUUGAAGGUAGAGUUUGCGUGGUAUGGAACUACGAAUAGUAGAGACAAGAGUGGAGCUUAUCUUUUCCUACCGGAUGGGGAAGCCAAGCCCUACGUGCUUACUGACCCACCCGUCAUCAGAGUGACACAUGGAAAAAUGUAUUCAGAAGUUACGUGCCUCUUUCUUCAUUUGACACACACUGUGCGACUAUAUAAUGUACAGGGAAUAGAAGGCCAGUCAGUGGAAGUUGCCAAUAUUGUUGACAUUAGAGGUGAAUAUAAUCGUGAGAUUGCCAUGAGGAUUUCUUCAGACAUUAGCAGCCAAAAUAGAUUUUACACUGAUCUGAAUGGAUACCAGAUUCAGCCUAGACUGACAAUGAGCAAGUUGCCUCUUCAAGCAAAUGUCUACCCAAUGACAACAAUGGCUUAUAUUCAAGAUGAUGACUUUCGUUUGACCCUUCUCUCUGCUCAGUCUUUAGGGGUUGCAAGUCUGAAAAAUGGCCAAAUAGAAGUCAUCAUGGAUCGUCGACUCAUGCAAGAUGAUAAUCGUGGCCUCGGACAAGGUGUCCAAGAUAACAAGAUCACAGCAAAUUUAUUCCGAAUUCUACUGGAAAAAAGAAACGGGGUGGAUAUGACAGAAGAAAAGAAGUUAGUCAGCUUUCCAUCUCUCCUGAGCCACAUGACUUCUUUUUUCAUGAACCACCCAGUAAUUCCAAUGACAACAAGUGCCGACAUCAGUAUCUCUCAUAUUCUGAAUGACUUUUCUCCACUCGUUUCAUCACUGCCAUGUGACAUUCACCUAGUUAACCUGAGGACAAUCCAAUCCAAGGUCGACCUCGGCCAAUCGGGUGAGGCAGCUCUGAUCCUUCACAGAAAAGGAUUUGAUUGUAGGUUCCCUAGCAGAAACAUGGGACUCCUUUGCUCGACUACUCAGGGAAAGAUGUUGGUACACAAGCUGUUUAACAAGUUUACAGUUGAAAGUCUCAUACCUUCAUCACUGACUUUGAUGCAUUCACCUCCGGAUACCAGAAAUAUAAGCGAGAUAAAUCUGAGUUCCAUGGAAAUCAGUACAUUCCGAAUUCGACUAAGAUGAGCCUGAUUUUCAAAUCGAGAAGAAUUGGCUUUUAUAUUUUUUCCAUUUGAUGUGCAAUAAUGAAGCACACUGUUAAUUCCAGCUUCUGAAUACUGUGAGACCAAGCAUUCUUCAUUUUUUUUUAACCCAACACAGUACGAAAGCCAUACUAUAAACAACAUUUUAGUCUUUACAUGAAACACCACCAUCGGUAUAAAUUAAUGCAACAAAGGAAGAAAUCUCUAAGGACAUUAACCUCUCAACAACAGAUUGAAUCUCAGGUUAAAUGCUAAUUGUUUCUGUUUGGGGGUUGUGAGGAGGUUCUUAAAGUAUUUGUUUUGCUGAUCCAUGAAUUAAUUUAUGUAAAAAUUGCAAUGUUGAAUUCCCCAUAACAGUUGUAACUGAAAUGAAAUAAAUAAAGCUGUUGGGUAGGAGCUAAUGGCCAAAUAGUUGCAACCGUGCAUAAGAGUGACAAGAAUUUAAAUGUAUUCCCUGCUGUGGAGAUUUGAAUUAUGUGGUAAAGUGCAAUCUAAGAACCUUUAUGAUACAAAUAAUUGACUUUCAUACCUUUCUCCUCUCUACCUUUUCUUCGUGCUGCACCCCACCCAUAUAUAGUGUGGGAGAUUCCAGAAUUUGAAGAUUCACCUUGUAGUAGGAAAAAAAGUAGGCAUAGUUAUAUGCUUUUUCAUUACCUGACAAAGUAGGUGCCAUUUAUUCACUGUCACAUCAAAUGUGAAGUAAUCCCAUCAAUACCAUAUCCAUAAGGUGUUUUUUCUUUUUAAACUCGUUUAAGUACUGAUGUUCUCACGUGGGGUUUUCUAUUUCGAGAUUACCAUAUCAAGAUAAAUGUGCCUUAUUUUUUGAUAUGUCUUGCUAAAUCUUUUUGGUGUCCACAUUACUGUGCUUUUGUGUAGGGGGGGUGGGUAGUUUAUAUAACAGUUAAAUUGUGUACCUUUCAUUUGACAAUGCUGGCUCCACUCUGAUCUUUGUUGUCAUUAAAUUUGUGCUGAUGUUAUUCUAAACAUUUUGACUAUUUGAAUGUACUAGGAUGUCAGAAAAAAAAAACAGGAAGAAAAAUACUGUUAAUCAAAAAUGUGCUGCUACUAAGGAAACUGCAACUCGAUGCAUAAAUUUCAAUGGGUAAAUUCAAGCAAUCCCUGCAUUUCACAGAUUGUCAGCUAUCACUGAUUUGAAUGUCAGAGUAAAGCACCAGGGCUCAUCUUGACAUUAACCUUAUUAAGGAAUUUCUUUUCAUCUGUUUCAGAUGGCUUUGGGGUAGUGAGAUCAAGUUGAUACCCACAGGCCAUGUGCCAAAGUGGAUCAUCUUUUUUUAUUAAUACAUAUUUUGUGAUUUUAGUGAAUCCUGUGAUUCCUAUGGAUUUUAGAUUUUUUUCUAAGUUUGCUGUUAAUGUACUUUUAGCUUCCUGUCGAUUCUCACUUCCCUAAAUGAUAAAACUGAAAUCUUGUUGCUGUUUCCCUGGGUGGUUUGAGCUUGGAUUUCAAACUGUGGCUUUCUACUCACAAUUUAACUACUAAGAAUCUGGUUAAAAUUACUUUAUAUACAGUAAAUAAAAUCCCCUCUGCCAGUGUAAUGUCGGUGUGGAUGACUUCAUGCAUGAAACAUGGAUUGUUGUUUCCUUGAUAAAAUCUUUGAAAAUUCUUCCUUUUUGUUGAAAUCUACAGAUCUUAGAAUUGCCAGCAUAAAGUUCCAAUAAAAAGAUCAGUGCUUUCAUUGCAUCUUAAAAAUUUCAAACCUUCCUAUGGGAGAUCACUGUGUUCUGUGGUAAAGUGGUUAUUUGUAAUCUUUAAAUUCUGAUCAGCUGUAAAGGCAAGCAUCUUGAUGCAAUAAAAUUAUUUUUGCCUGUUGUAAUUAUUUUCCUUAUUGAUCAGGAUCUUGUAUGAGCUUUUCAUGUGUUGUCACCAAGUGUUCAAUCAAAGUGUUAAAGAUAUCCUGCACCAACAGGUUUCUGCUUUUUCUACUUCAUUUUAAGACAGAACAACAGGAAAAUGAACCUUCUUGUCAAUUCUGAUAAAUCGGUUUUAAUAAUUCCAUAUCCUCUGAUGUUUGCUUUUAACUCUACUCCUUUGGUCGCAAACUCGGUGACUGGUGGUUGCUUAUGCAUUUACUAUGAAUGUACAGAGACCAUCUUGCUCAUUACAUCUUCCUCUUUUUACAAUUUUUUCCAUAGCUAUUAAUGUGUGAGAACUGCGUGUCCUCAUUUUCCGUAAAUUAUGAUGAAAAGAAAAUGCUGUAAAAGAAAUGUUGUGAAACAUUGUAAUGACUUUCCAUGUCAGUUAUGCCUCUUUUGAAAUGUUUUAACAUUUCUUUGUCCUAAAGGUCUUUGCUUUAUGACCUUGCUCAUACUUAAGGUCAUCUUAAUGACCUUGCUCAUACUGUCCUUGUAACAAAUAGGUGGUUUUUGAUAUUUUCUCUUGGAAGAUUUUAUAUCUUUUUGGGGAAAUGUAAUAUAAGAUCUCUAAUAAAAGAUAAUCUUAUGGUG